UGGACCAGUUACUAUCCGAGAGCCGCUUCAAAAGCGCAAACUAAUUUAAUCCCCGAUAUCUCGACAGCCGCUUACUUACGCCCAAAUGUCACGCAAGAACUCAUUCAGAUAGUCCUGUAUACCAUAAAGGGGUUAUUGGGAUGAAUAUGUACAAAUUGUCGUGAUUUUGCUUUUUGAACAUUUUGCAAAGUGUUUUUUUUUUUAGAGCAUGUUCGCUUCAAACACGCUUUUGCUUCUGAAGUUCUUGCUAAUACUCGCCACUAACACCUCUCGCGGCCUUCGCCAGGAGAAAUAAAGAUGCUAACUAACCUAAACUAGCUUGUGUACGGAGCUAGAAAUGUACAAUCUGAGCUACUAACAACUAACUCACGCCACGUCCACAUGAAUGUUCUCAGUUUAAAAUACCGUUUGCUAAUGUUGUCUUGUUUUAGCAUGCAUUAAUCGAACGCAAUCAUAUGAUUAUAAUACUCUCCAUUUCUUACGUCAUCUUUUUCAAUGGAAGAAAAGGCUUAAAUGUAGCGAUAUCGAUGCAUAAACAAACAUAUUAGACGUAUGAUACGGCAUUGCAAUCGUAAUAUGUGUUAUCGGUUGUUUCCUAAAGUCAUCGUUUUCUAGUAUGUGUCACCAGAGCCCGUUUUCAGCUGAGAAUAACAUCGUUCUAGACGUGUAAUCGUAGCAAAGUCAAUGUACAUGAAAACGUUAUUGUGGGCGUGGCCUGUAUAAAUCCUGCAUGAACUAUUAAUACGUUGAGGAAACGUUAUGAAGCAGUCACAAACAGCCCGUCUCCGUCGCACCUGAUGUUUCAUGACCGCUGAACACUUGAUACUGUACGUGUGUUUAACUUGUGUUGUUGUUUUGUUUUCUUCACCAGUGUGUUUCUAAUUGUUGUUUUUAUUUUCUCUGUGCUCAGCGGAGACGGCGUGUGCUGCAGGACUCAUGGGUCGUAUGUAGAUUUGUUUGCAUUUAAGUCCUCGUGACUGAAUCAUGUCAAUCAAUAAUCGCUCUGAUCUUUAACAUUUUAACCCGAUUAACUCACUGAAGAUUGUGUUUCCUGUCACUAAUCUGUGUGCUGACACUCGCUGCUGAACGGUGUGCCGACUGAUGAUGCUGUUUAUAUGAUUCACGGGUUUAUUGAGUGAUUUGUAACACGUGAAUGUUUCAUGUGCAGCUCAUAUUUCACAUCACAAUCCGAAGAAAGAAAAAAGAAAUUGAUUUGUGUAAUUAAGAGUAUUUUUAGGACUAUUAAUCAUUUUUGCAUUGUGAUCUCACAAUCUUAUAAUCUCCAAGUCCUCGUGGUGGCAGAGGGAAUCUCAGUUGCCUCCGCGUCUGAGACCGUCAAUCUGCGCAUCUUAUCACGUGACUUGUUGAGUGUGUUACCAUGGAGACGUAGCGUGUGAGGAGGCUUCACGCUAUUCUCCACGGCAUCCACGCACAACUCACCACACGCCCCACCGAGAGCGAGAACCACAUUAUAGCGACCACGAGGAGGAUUCACCUAAAUAAACAUUUGUUUGUCGUCAUCUCCAGGUCUUAUUUUUACACAAAAAUCAAAGGAAAUAAUAAUUAUUGUUUUUUUUAUUACAUUUAUUUUUAGGGCUAUUUAAGAUAUUUUUUGUUAUUUUUAUGAUUAAGCAUAUUUUCCCCCAAUCACUCAUUACUGUGGUGUAAAACACUGCGUCACUCUUUGUUCAAAAGGUAUUUAUGCAUCAUGGUGGUGUAGUGCCGUUACGUGAUGCUAAUUGAAAGAGUCAUUACAGUAUUUGUUUUUUACUGAUUGUAAAUGAUAAAGUAUAACAUGGAUGUAUUAUAAUAAAGAUAAUUGUGGGGUAAAGGGAAUAUAUCACAAUGCAAAAAAAAUCUGAACGUCCUAAAAGUACAUUUAUUUGACAUAAUAAACGUUUCUUUUAUUUGGAGGUGAGAGGAACGUGUGUUUUUCAGAGCUGCAGCUCGUGUCAUUGAGUUGGAAUGAUGUUUUUGUGUUCAGUGCCACUAAACCGGCAGAUCGCUCGCGUGUGUACAUCGAACAUCUGUGUUAGGAGUUACUUUACAGUCUAACAGAUGUGCAGCGUUCAGUGUGUGUGUGUGUGUGUGUGUGUGUGUGUGUGUGUGUGUGUGUGUGUGUGUGUGUGUGUGUGUGUGUGCGCACUAAUCAUGUAAAUAUUUCAACAUUUGUCUGCACAGCUGGAACGGAAAUGGCUUGAUGUUGCACGUGAACAGGCAAAACCAUUUCCACCCGCACACGCGCACACCACACACACGCACACUCACACACACACUCACACACCACGCACACACUCACUCACACGCGCACUCACACACCACACACACACCACGCACACUCACACUCACACGCACACCACACACACGCACACUCACACACCACGCACACACUCACUCACACGCGCACUCACACACCACACACACACCACACACACUCAUACGCACACCACACGCACACGCACACCACGCACACCACACACACGCACACUCACACACGCACACUCACACGCACACCACACGCACACUCGCACACACACUCACAUGCACACACGCACACGCACACUCACACACACGCGCACACACUCACACGCGCGCACACACACGCACUCACACACGCACACUCACACCACACACGCACUCACACACGCACACACGCACUCACACACGCACUCACACACGCACACACGCACUCACACACGCACACACGCACUCACACACGCACACUCGCACCACACUCACACACACGCACUCACGCACUCUCACACACGCACUCACACGCACACUCACACCACACUCACACACACACCACACACGCACUCACACACACACACCACAAACCAACUCACAGCAUGCGCACACUCACACCACACACACACUCUCACACACACACUGACUCGCAUGUUUAUAAUCACGCUCGGGUGGUUUUCCUUCAGGUCCUCUAGUGGUGCUUCAGUGUAACUGCAGUUAAAUGCGCAGCUAACAUUUUACUAACAUUUACCUUCAAACCAGGAAUAGAAAAACCUUUUAAUGAGUUAUUCAAUUUGAGCUGUAUUUUGUUUUAUGGAUUUUUUUUCUUUGUGAUUUUGUAAUAUUGUUUUAAAUGCCAGUAAAAGGUGGAGGGGACGGCACUCGGAGCGCCGUUUAGAAGCUUGCUCGUACAUUUCAUAUUUCAACCCCAAGAGUUUAUAUAGAAUAUAUGAUUUGUGAAAUCUCUGUUCAAUUUGUGUUGAAAUAUAUGAGAGAGAGAGAGAGAGAGAGAGAGAGAGAGAGAAUAUUUUGGGACAACAUGUUUAUUCUUGUUUGUUUACAGCUGGUUUUGGUCAGAGUUAGACUGCUCCGGCUCCGUGCCUUGUUCUGAUUGGCUGAAAGGCCAAAGUGUUUGUGUGGGAGCAUGUUUUUGUGCAUUCUCUUUCGCUCCGCCUCCAUCUCAUGAAUAUUCACACAAGUGUCUUAAUAUUUUAAUACUUCAAUGAUUUUAAGGCUUUUAAUUGUUCACAAAUAAACCAGCUUCAAGCAGCUGCUCUCUGUGUCCGCCCGGGUCAUCAUUUACUCACUCUCGUGUUGUUCCAAACCUAUAUAGCUUUCAUUACAUAUUUUUUGCAUACAAUUAAGUGAAUGGUGACCGAGGCUAUCAUUCUGUCUAUCAUGUAUAUUUUUUGUGUGUGUUCUGUGGCAGAAACAAAGACAAAUGGCUUUGGAAUAAUAUAAGGACAUUAAUUUAGGGGGGUUGAACGGUCCCUUUAACUGUUCAUUUAGGUUGGGUGAACUUUCAAUGCGCACACAAACACUGAAAUAAUUGCUGUGGUCCAUUUUCUAACCCAGAUCAAAUCUUCUGUGAUUUUAUGUAAAUAAAGUAUUUAAAUGUAGAUUCCCCCCAUCCCACAUCUUUAAGCCAAAGUACACUUCUGUUUUCCACAUGCCGCAGUCAUGAACGGUUGAGUCCUCCCGGACAUGCAUCAAAUAGAUGCUUGUAUGUUUCCUAAUAGAGCACUGAAUUGGACAAUUGAAUCGCUUUGGAGUCAUAUGCAGACUGUAUUGGCAGUACCAAUGUUUGUGCGUCGUCUGUGCAUGCACCUGCCAUUUAUUGUGCUAAAAGAGGAUCCGUAAGCAGUUGCAGUGUGUCUUUGAAAGUACUUUGAAAUGCUAGAGAGCUCGACUGUCUGUGAUGUCCUUUUCAACAUUAUCAAAUUACUUCCAUAUAUCAUUAAUGUUGAAUCAAGAUUAUUCUAAACUGUGAAAUGCUUUUCGACAUCUUAAUCAAAUUCACCAUAAAUAAAUCAAUGAACUAACACUUAUGUUAACUCAUGGUGUGGUGAGAAGGUAUUUCCUGUAAGAUGUUUUGUGAAGCAGACCGGCUCAGGGUCAAUUUCAAGAAACAUCUCAAUGAAACCCAGACUGUGAAUUCGGCGACUGCAGGUCGAAAGCUCUUUAUCUGAAAUCGGUCUGUGUUUGCUGAAAUUUGACGCACUGCCUCCAGUGGCUGAAGUUGGAAGUGUUGUUGAAUGUAUCGGCACAUUUGAGCUUCAGUUUCCAGGUGAAAUAUCCACAGAGCCUUUGUGAGUUGGUUUUAGUUGUAAAUGAUGUUGGGGAUGCAAACUCAUCUUUCACCAAAAUUUGCCGUAGAUUUGAAAACGUUCACAUGAACAACUUAUCAAAUUUGUUGGAUCAAAAUGAUUAGUCCUACUUCAUAUGUGGUGUCUUUAACUACUACGUACACACAUUAAAAUACAUACAAUGUAUUUAUUAUGUAACUACAUUUCUAUUAAUCUGCAAAAUUCUAAUUUGCUGGUACUGAGGUUGAGGUGUACCAGUAGGUUUAGGAGUAGGGUUCGGGUUGGGGCUAAUGAUGAGAGUUGAGGUAUGGGUAGGUUUAGGAGUAGGGUUCGGGUUAGGGUUAAUGAUGAGAGUUGAGGUACGGUUAGGUUUAGGAGUAGGGUUUGGGUUAGGGUUAAUGAUGAGAGUUGAGGUACGGGUAGGUUUAGGAGUAGGGUUCGGGUUAGGGUUAAUGAUGAGAGUUGAGGUACGGGUAGGUUUAGGAGUAGGGUUCGGGUUAAUGAUGAGAGUUGAUGUAAGGGUAGGUUUAGGAGUAGGGUUAGGGUUAAUGAUGAGUGUUGAGGUACGGUUAGGUUUAGGAGUAGGGUUUGGGUUAGGGUUAAUGAUGAGAGUUGAGGUACGGGUAGGUUUAGGAGUAGGGUUCGGGUUAAUGAUGAGAGUUGAGGUACGGGUAGGUUUAGGAGUAGGGUUCGGGUUAGGGUUAAUGAUGAGAGUUGAGGUACGGUUAGGUUUAGGAGUAGGGUUAGGGUUAAUGAUGAGAGUUGAUGUAAGGGUAGAUUUAGAAGUAGGGUUUGGGUUAAUGAUGAGAGUUGACGUAAGGGCAGGUUUAGGAGUAGGGUUUGGGUUAUGGUUAAUGAUGAGAGUUGAUGUAAGGGUAGGUUUAGGAGUAGGGUUAUGGUUAAUGAUGAGAGUUGAUGUAAGGGUAGGUUUAGGAGUAGGGUUCGGGUUAGGGUUAAUGAUGAGAGUUGAGGUACGGGUAGGUUUAGGAGUAGGGUUAGGGUUAAUGAUGAGAGUUGAUGUAAGGGUAGAUUUAGAAGUAGGGUUUGGGUUAAUGAUGAGAGUUGACGUAAGGGCAGGUUUAGGAGUAGUGUUCGGGUUAGGGUUAAUGAUGAGAGUUGAUGUAAGGGUAGGUUUAGGAGUAGGGUUUGGGUUAUGGUUAAUGAUGAGAGUUGAUGUAAGGGUAGGUUUAGGAGUAGGGUUUGGGUUAUGGUUAAUGAUGAGAGUUGAUGUAAGGGUAGGUUUAGGAGUAGGGUUUGGGUUAUGGUUAAUGAUGAGAGUUGAUGUAAGGGUAGGUUUAGGAGUAGGGUUUGGGUUAUGGUUAAUGAUGAGAGUUGAUGUAUGGGUAGAUUUAGGAGUAGGGUUUGGGUUAUGGUUAAUGAUGAGAGUUGAUGUAAGGGUAGAUUUAGGAGUAGGGUUAGGGUUAAUGAUGAGAGUUGAGGUACGGGUAGGUUUAGGAGUAGGGUUAGGGUUAAUGAUGAGAGUUGAGGUACGGGUAGGUUUAGGAGUAGGGUUCGGGUUAGGGUUAAUGGUGAGGGUUGAGUUAGGGUUAGGUAGAAUCAUUGAUUUAUGAAAAUUCAAUUACUUCCUGGUUUCCAUGGGACUAGAACCCAUUUCUAUGAGGCUGCUGACACGCCGCCUUAUUCGUCACGCCACAGGAAAAGGUAAACGCACUCGAACUGAUGCACUAAUGUCUGAUGAGAGAUGACGCUUGUCAUGAAUUUGACGUAAAAUGUAUCGAUGUUAAGAGUACUUAAACAUGCAAAAUGUCAGUUAUGUUGGAAAACCCUUAGAUACAAUUUUGAUGCUUUUAUUGAGCCUGUCCUGGUUAGGGAAUUGCCCGUUAUUGUUCCACAGAGACCUACACUUCCUUUUAUCUCUCAGAGUUUUCUUAACUAAAGGGGCUUUAACCAGCUGCAGAUCUGUCUAUAACUCUGAAGGAAACCUUCGAGUAUUCUCCCAUGACACACUGACGGAACAAUUUGGAGAACCUCUAAAGGAUAUUUCAAGAAGGUUAGUUCUCUGAAGAACUUAUGAGAAGGAACCCAUAACUUCCUGCAAUAACACUGAAGACUGCCAGUGCUUCCUUCAGUAAUAUUAUUCUAAAGGAAACCUUAAAUGUAUGCUGAAGGAUCCUUGAGUCUAUAAUUAGAUGUUUGAGGCACACAGAACAGAAAAGUUUAGCUUGUGUGGCAAUCAGAGGAACUCAAUGUACUGAAUGUUUUGAGAGUAUUUUUUUCCCCACUUUUACAAUGUAUGUCCAGCUGUUGACACUCUCUGCUUUGCUUAUAGACAUGCAUGCACUACAGCAGACCAGACCUGAAGACCUUGAAGAUUGUCCAUAAUUUUACACCCUGGUGCAAUGUAGUAGUGCAUGUAUCUCUAGAUGCUUUAGAUGCUUCUCUUCAACUUCAUCUCAACCAAUCAGACUUGACAUGAUCUUUACAUGGUGAAAAGCUCAUUUCCCAGAGAAUAACAGGAAGAGUGAGCGAGACAAAUCUAGGAAACAUGGUCAAUAUAGUUCAUUGUGAUUUGCAGCCAUGUUUUUCUUCUAUCUUUCUCUUUCAGGCUCGCAGGGGUCGUGAUGGCAAUGCUGGUGAACAAGCUAACGGAGGUCAGGUGGUUCUUAAAGAUGCUGAGAAAAUUCAGGAGUCAUCUGAGAGCUGAGAGAUGUGCACACAGGAACAGAUCUUCAUUGCCACUGAGUUCAUCAUGCUGAUGGUUUUUUUAAUGGAAACUAUUGUUCCGGGAUUCCCAUCUACUGAAGUCUUGUGAUUGAACCAGUGGAGCUUCAUACAGCGUUAUGAUUGGCUGAAUGAACUGUCAGUGCAGUGACUGUCCACUGUAAAACUGCCUCACAUGUUUGUAGAUAACAGUGCACAAAACAUGUGUUUAGAUGAAGAAGACUGCAUUUGAGUUGUAACUCUGAAUAUAUUGAGUGUAAAUAUAGUUUUAUUUAAUUGAAAUUUUACCAGGAGAGUUUAUUCAUAUGUUGAUCAUAUCUUCGUAUUAGAAACACAUUGAAACCCUGAAUUAAUACUUAUUAAACAUUACCAGAAACAUUCAUUGUGUUAGUACUUGUCUGUUAAGGGGUGCAGAAAUUACUCUGCAUGAGAUUUAAGUGUCUCCCUAUUUUUAUUAAAGCAAUAGUUCACCAAAAUGAAAAUUCUGUGAAAACCAAAAACUGCUUGAAUUUGAAUGAGUUUGGUUUAAUGUGUGAUCUGUUUUAUAGUUUUACACCAAGUGAGCGAUUACAAACCUCUAACCAUAAGGCUUUCUUCAGAACAUGUUGAAAUCAAGAUGUGUUGAUGUGUAUGCGAGUGGAAAAGUACUUUUAUGACUCCUCAUCAGACUCUUAUGGUGUUUUAGAUAAAACUAAUAAACCCACUUGAGGAGGAAAUAAAACUGAUGAUGACUACAAAAGAUAAAUGGGGCAGACAACUUUUAUAAUCAGAAGAUUUCAGACGUUAUAAUAUGAAGACUUCCUGAAGCUUAGACCAAUAUUUAAAUGAUUUUGUUUAGUCAAUGCAAUUAAUUUUCAUUAUUCAACGUUCAAUAUUUAAUGGAACAUCAUUCUGUCAACACAACCAGAGGCACUCUCAAAAUUGAGUUUUUGUUAUAGAAUUU